AUGGACAAAUUUCCACCGGAAGUGCAGCAUAUUUUGGCAUCCUCCUCCGGCAUUCUUUCGGCAGCGCAACUUCCUCAGAUGGCUGAUUGUCUUAUGGAGAUGCACGGCUUUUCCAGGCCGUCACUUUCAGCACUCUCAACUCCCUCAACUCAUCCUACGUCUACCCUUUCACAGUUGGAGAUCGAGCUAAACAGGCUGGCCGAUGAUAUAGCUUCACUCCAGAAGCAGACAGUCUUCGCCUCAUUUCGGAGCCAACCGAAGCCGUUCACCCCGCAUCUUCAGUCUUCACCUUCAGCCCGUCCAAACGCAGCUGCCAUCUGCUGGUACCACGCCACCUUUUGUGUUAAAGCCCGUCGCCGUAUCUCUCCCCGCUCCUUCGCCUCCUAG